CCCCUGAUCGUUCAUUGCUUUCAUGUCAUGCUGUUCGUCUGACUCUCCGUGUAGUUUAGAGUUGUGUGGAGAGUUGUGGAAGCUGUUGAGACGUGGAGAACUCAGCUAUGCCUUUCAGUGAAUGUUCAAAGAGGAUAUUGUGCCCUGUUUUUGUGUUUCAGGGUGUUUGUUACACGUGAUGCAGUCUGAUUGUGCGUUUUGAUCGGAAGGGCUGAAGAGCAGAAGCAGUCAUGGACGGAGCUUGGACUGUUAUUCUCAUAUCUCUGGCUAUGUUCGUGGGAUGUUUCAUGCUCGGGAUAAUUCCAUUACUGAUCAAUUUAUCAGAGCAGAAACUGCAGCUGAUCACGGUGCUGGGGGCGGGGCUUCUAUGUGGCACUGCCCUGUCAAUCAUUAUCCCGGAGGGGGUGGAGUUAGUGCAAGAGGCAUGGAAAGACUGGUAUUGCUCCAAAAUGGGGGAGAAUCAGAAGAUCUCAGAAUCAAAUACAACACUUCAUCUUACUGCAGAGAAAGGUCUGCGUCCUCACUUCUUCAUAGGAGUCUCUCUCGUCUCGGGCUUUACGCUCAUGUUUGUGGUGGACCAGAUUGCCAACUACUGCUCCAUGCACGAAUCCCGAGCGCACAUGUACACUGGCAACAGUGUCACUGCCACCCUGGGUCUGCUUAUUCAUGCCGCAGCUGAUGGUGUUGCUCUGGGUGCAGCUGCGGCCUCAUCGCAGGUGUCUGUGCAGGUUGUCGUGUUUUUUGCGGUCAUUUUGCAUAAGGCUCCAGCCGCGUUUGGUCUUGUGUCUUUCCUCAUGCACGCAGGUCUGGAGAGGAAGACUAUUCAGAAGCAUUUAUUGGCAUUUUCUGCUGCUGCGCCGCUGAUGGCCAUCAGCACUUAUUUCAUCCUGAGUGCAUCUAAUGGCUCUUCUCAGAAGCGCCUGGGCACUACAGGCAUUGGGAUGCUGUUCUCAGCCGGGACUUUCUUAUAUGUGGCCACAGUUCAUGUUCUGCCAGAAAUCAACAGCAGAGGGCAUGAGCGCUACACUCAGCUCCAGCAUCAGACAGGAAGUGGAGCCCACGAGAGGCAGAGCGGUCUGAGCAUCACAGAGAGCCUGACUCUCAUCCUGGGGACUGCACUUCCUGUGCUGCUGGCCCUCGGACUGCCAGAUGAUUAAUCUGAGUCUCCCACAAUAACAGAACCGCUGAAGUAUAAUAUUUCAUUUGAAAAUGUUUAUUUAAUUUAUUUUUAUUAAGACUUGAGAAUGCCCCUAAGUUGAGUUUUAACAUGAAUAGUGGUGUUACGAAACUCCACACAUUUUACGUUUAACUAUUAAUUGUUUUAUUAGCUGAGAAACCAAAUAAAAGCCUGUGGUGUUUGUGUGCAGUAGGAAUUUUGCAUCUGUGCAUCAUCAAGGACAUAGAUUGUGAUGUUUUAUAUUCUUAAAUGCAGAAUUGAAUCAGAUUUCAUUUUCCCCUAGAAAUAAAGUAAUUCUCACUGCCAUAAAGUUGCAAAGCUUAAGUGCAAUAUUUUUUCCAAUAAUAAUGAAAAUGUUAUUUGUUUUCACUUUUGUAUUAAACCAAGAAUGCCUUGUAUUCAUUUAAACCAAUGUUUAUUUUGAAAACUACAAUGCAGCUCAUUGAGAUGCCAUGACAAUGUCUGUUACGUGACAAUCUAGUC